AUGAACUCAGAUUGCAUCCCCUAUGAUCUCAUGAUCGAUAUAUUCUCGAGACUGCCUAAAAAAUCUAUCGCUAGGUUUCAUUGCGUGUCGAAGCAAUGGAGUUCCAUGUUUCACAGUCAAGAUUUCACCAAGUUGUUCCUCACAAGAUCCUCCGCUCGUCCACGUCUCUUAUUUGCGAUCAAAGGAUACAACGAGUGGAGCUUUUACUCGUCGCCUCAGCUGCAAAAUCCAUACGAGAAGUCUUCGUCGUCUCUUGAAGUAGCUGCCGAGUUUCACACGAACUUUCCUCCAGAGAAUAUGGCGGUUUAUCGUAACAGAAAGCCACGAUCACUUUCAUGUGGCUAUGCUUCUGGUUUGAUCUAUUUCAAUGGUAUGUGGAUCUCUGGGAAGGAUGAAAAAAGUGGAGUGCCUGUGAUAUGUAACCCUAACACGGGAGGGUAUGCGACUUUACCUAAGUUGAGAUUGAGUCGGUACAAAAUUCCGAAUAGCUUGUUCGGGUUUGAUCCCAUUGACAAGCAGUUCAAGGUAUUAUUCAUGACUAGGAACGGUGAUUAUACAAUUCUGACGCUAGGAACAACGAGGUGGAGGAAGAUCCAUUGUCCCAUAAACCAUGAGCCUUUGUCUGAAAGUAUAUGCAUCGAUGGUGUUUUGUAUUACUUAGCUGAACCGAUGUGGCCAAGGCGUUAUUCAAUAGUUUGCUUUGAUGUUAGGUCUGAGAAAUUCGAGAUUAUUUAUUACCCAGAAUACUAUUGUCAGUUGGUAAACUAUAUGGGUAAAUUAGGUUUGAUUUAUCUUGAUUAUUGUGAUGAUGAUGCCAUCGUGUUGCAUGAGUGGGUUCUAGAAGAUUUGGAGAAAAAGGAAUGGUCCGAAUAUGCCUACAUUUUGAGGGAUGAUAAGUUCUUGCAUAACGAUGUUUCGGUUGUUGGAGUGACUGCUACGGGUGAAAUUGUUUUGUCGAUGACCCGUUAUACAUCAAAACAACCGUUUUAUGUUUUCUACUUCAAUCCCAAAACGAAGACUCUCCGUAGUGUUGAAAUCAAAGGUCUUGGAGCUGGUCAUAAUGAAGAGUAUGGUGAGAACUUUAGUGUUCACACUUUUGUCAACCAUGUAGAGGAUCUUAAUGCCAACGAUGGGAAGCUGCUCAAGUCAAGCAUAUAUGGUCAAUACGUGAAGACAGAAGAAAAGUAUCAUUGUGAGGAUAAAGAUGGAGAAUAUGAUAAUAAUUAUGUUGAUGAAGGAAGAGACCAAUAUGAUUAUGAUUCUGGAGAUGACUAUCGCCGUCGAUAUACAUGGGAUUAUGGUUAUGAUUAUGUAUAUGAAUAUGGAGAUGGAGAUGAAUCAGAAGAAGGAGAGAUGGAAAAUGAGAGGGAGAAGAAGAAGAAUACGAAGAAGGUGAAGGUGAAAGAGAAGAAGAAGGUGAAGCAUCCGAAUCAGAAGGGGAAGCAACAUAAGAGAUUGCACACGGAUGCAAAGGAGGAAGCUGCAACAAGAACAAUGUAG